AUGACUACUGCUGUGGGCGAUGGAUUCAUUGCCCAAGACAUCUGGUUCCAGAACACCGCAGGCCCACAGAAGCACCAAGCCGUGGCCCUUCGCGUGGGAGCAGACCAAUCCGUCAUAAACCGCUGCCGCAUCGACGCCUACCAAGACACCCUCUACGCCCACAGCCUCCGCCAAUUCUACCGGGACUGCUACAUCACUGGCACUGUCGACUUUAUCUUCGGCAAUGCCGCCGUCGUAUUUCAGAACUGCCGGAUCGUUGCCCGGAAGCCCAUGAGCGGGCAGAACAACAUGAUCACGGCCCAAGGCCGAGAGGACCCAAAUCAAAACACGGCGACCUCCAUCCAGAACUGCAACGUGAUCGCUAGCUCCGACCUCGGGCCCGUUAAGGGUUCCGUAAAGACCUUCUUGGGCCGCCCGUGGAAGGAGUACUCUAGGACCGUUUUCAUGCAGUCGAACCUUGGUGAUCAUAUCGACCCGGCCGGGUGGUCACCAUGGAAGGAGAUAAAGGCCUAA